UAUGGUUCAGGUUUCAUAGCCGUUGAACAAAUGAAAAGACAAAGAAGGAAAUGUAUUUGAUUGUUUGCUUACAGUAUUACGCUGUACUUUUAUUAGAAAUAACAUGCUAAAAAUGGGCAACAGUAUUGGGAUUCACAAUGUAUCUUUUUAGUCAAGCCUUUUUGAGUUCCUGGCUUUAUGAACUGAAAAUCCAUAUUUCUGAGUUCCAAUGAUGGUGGGAAACUCAUGUGGAAGAACAGGAAGCAUUCUUUUUUUCAUGCGAAAUUUCCUCACAUGUGCUUUCUAACUGUUAAAUUCCUUAUUUCUAUCUACUGGGGUGUGCUGCUCAUCUGAGAACAGCAGAUAGCUUCAAACUUUCUUGUCAGGGCUCCCUGCUGGUCGACCUGGGAUUAUCCAUGGUAAAUAUUUUUUUUAUGAUAAUAAAACUGGAGUAAGGUUUUGCCUGGUUGUGAGAUAACCUAUUAUAAUUGAGCGAAAGCCAGUCUUCCAAGAUUUGCCAGCAAGACAACUCUGGUGGAAUAAUUAUGAAGCCUGUUGUAUAGUUUCUUAACAUUUCUUGUAGUUUUAAUUCCAUCCAUGAAAUAUGUAGCCAACCAUACAAUUGUUCAGCACAGAAUGUUUUUAGAUUCUUUUUAAUGCUCUUUACAUUUAACACGGACAAUUGCCAGCUUUGUCUCCCUAUUGAGGUUUAUUUAUUUAUUUUUUGUUUAAGGGAAGGCAAUUAUAAAUAUUGCAAUGAAGUUAUUUAAUCAUAUCACUUGAAGAAAUCUACCACACGCACACUCAUAUGAUACAUAUUUAUAGACAUUACCCUUUUUUCUAAAAUAAUUUUUGAAAUGACUUCUCCUUCCCCAAAGACUUGGCACCUUACUAAAAUUUGAUCUAUUUAUUCAUUUUUUUUAAUUAAUUUUCAGUUUCUGAUGUGGCAAUGAGAAGUGUCUUUUCGUAGCAUAUAGAAACCCAACUAGUAAUUCUUGAGAAUCAACUUUGGCUUUAGACUCAAACGCCUAGGGAAUCAGGAGCAUAUUGUAGUUGAACUCUCUGGUAUCAUCUGUCGCGUUGUCCACAGCUUGUUAAUGGAGGUUUUGAUUUACAGAAUUGUAUCCUAUCUUUCUUCUUCAGUUUCAACUGUUACCGCUUAUCUUAGUAUCAAAUGCAGCUAUUUAUAGUCUAGAUACUUUGCUAAUAGCGGCUUUAAAUGGCGUAAUUUUUCCACCCACACUUUUCUCUCUGCUUUAUCCCUUUCAUCUCUCCACUAACUCUUUUCUCUCUGCUAUCUUUCUUCUUUUAUUGCUCUCUUUGUGUGGAACCUGAUGGUUUGCACAAAUUCCUUUAAUGGGAACUCCUGAGGAAGUCUUUGAAGUUCCAAUAAUCUCUCAUGGUAAGGAUUGUCAAGGGUAUACCAAGCUUUCUUGGAUCGGACCCAAGACAAUCACAUGGCUCAUUCCAUUAUUCAGGUGAUUGGAGAGAAGUUUCAGUCAAGAUUGAUGAUGGAAAUCUUCAUCUUCCACCAAAUGAGGUCUUGUUGAGAUCAAAGGCCUCGACCAAUGAACAUGAUCAACUACAAGCCAGGAGUGGUCCAUCAAUGGGGCAUGAAAGCUGCUGGUGCCUAGAAGAUGUGUUGGUUUCUACUUCCAUUGUAACUUUUUGGCGAAACUCAAGGCGGGUGAGGAUGACAACUCAGUCAAGGUUGAUGUACCCACCUGCAAGUUUAUUGAGAAAAGAUGACAAUGAGGAGGAUGACAUAGAUGAAGAUAUACCAGAAGAAUAUGUUCUAAACAAGUGCAGUGUAUUAACAAUUGCAGAAUGGCUGAGUCUUGUUUUAGCCAUAGAAUAUGUGGUUCUCAGUGUUAAAUACCUGUCUUAAGGAAGCAAAUUCUGUGGCAUCUUGCGCUGUGGAAAUGGGAGGUGAUGGGCGUGGCGAUAAAAAUAUGGGCAUUAGGUAUCAGACUGGGCAGUUCAUUGUUUCUGUGCACUCGGUGGAAUGAAGUUUUCUUUUGAGAAAAAGGGUUUUGUGUUUUGUUUUUACUGGUUGAAGGACUGUUUGGAAUUGUGUUUUUUACAAUUACAUAAUGCCGUUUGUGGUUUUGGUUUUUAUUGUUUGGGAGUGUGUUUUUUAGAACAAGGUUGAGAUGGAAACCCACAGUAUGCCUCCUGGCGGUCACCAUGAUAUGGCUUCUUAUGAUAGUACUUGGUAACACUCUCGCUUCAUCCUUUUGCAUGAUCACUUUCUUGGCAAGAGUUUAGCAGUUGUUAAUUGAGCAAGAUGUGGUUAAGAAGCUCUUGUCAGCUAAGGUUGAGAUGCCUUGCAACUUUGGAGCUCACAUCUUGGGGACCCUUGUUCCAACAAUGAGUGGGCGUAUAAUGAGAUAUGAAUUGGCCACCUAAAUAAGCUGAAUCUGAGGAAUGCGUCUGCUUGGAAUAUGAAGAUUUUUGAUGGAUAAGGUUCAUUUUAUUAGGGGACUGUUCACUCUGGUUGAGUUGAAACUGAAUUUAGAAAUUGGGAAUGAAUGUCCAUAGCAGGGGAGGUAUAAGUGCCAGGCCACAAAGGUGGUGAAUAAAAUACUUAAAGAUAUAGCUGCAUUGGAUUCUGAGUAGGUUCUUAUUUGUUACCGCAUAGAUGUUUAAAAUUUAACUUGGUUUUCAUCUUAAGUUAUGCUGGUUUUGGUUUACUUCAUUUAGUUGAUGUGGCACUUUCUACUAAUUGUAUUUCUAUACUAAGAAUUGAUACCCGCUUAGAUGGGAACUUGUACUGACUUCUUCUGUCUUUUAAAAUUGUUCAUUUCUGACACCAUAAAAUUUGAUUUUUGUUUUUGUGGCUAUCUCCCUAUUUUUCAGCAUUCAUCCACCAUCUACCUCUGGUUUUUGCCUGAUAUCAAAGUUAUGGUUGAAGCCAGAAAUUCACAUGUUCAAGAUGGAGAAAGUGACGGGGAUGCCAAUCUACUCUCUUCUGAGUAAGCAUCUUUGAAUAUCUUGGUAUUUGAUUAGGAGUUCUUUUCUCAUUUUCCCUAGUAGUAGCUUGUGGUACUGGUUGUAUGAUGUAGUGUUUCAAACUAGUCUCAACAUUUUCAGUGUUUGAUGUUUGGUUCUCAGAUCAUGCUUCACCUUAUGGGUGAAAUUAGUUACACAAUGAAAAGAUGACACACAUCAAGUUCCAUACAAAUGAAAUGUAUAGUGUAUGUGUACACUUCCAAACAGGAGGGUGCAUAAUGUUUUGUCUUUGAUAUUCUCACUCUUCAACUGGGAGCUGAAGAUGGAACUGGACAUGGCUCCAGUUAGUCCAUAACCCAUGGGAUGGCCACUGUAAGAUGGGCUCAGGUCUCCAUUAAGCCAUGAUCCCUAUGGGUGCUGCCACAAGAGAGGCCCUGGGCAGAAUAGGGCCACAACCCUGAGGAGUAAGCCGCUGAUGAUGCAAACUCAUUUUUUCACAUAUUUUAUGCAGAAACUGGGCUAUUGUGAGGACAAUUUGACAAAAAAUGUCUAUCAUCUACUGUACAGUCUGCACUCACAUAGUUUAGUCCUGAGUGGGACUGACCUGAAAUGAUUGACCACAGAUGUGAUGCAAUAUAUCCUGGCUUUUUGCACAUGAUACAUCUUGGUCAACUGUAUUGGAAAACAUUCUUAUCUCUUAUUUAUAUCACCACUUGUCCUUUUAACAAUACUUUUCAUUAUUCUGUAGGCUGAUGCAUGAAGUUAUAAUUUCAACAAAUGACAAGCCCAUGAUCCUCAGUCAGGUCGCUGACCUUUUUGGGUAUAAUGUGGAAUCCUUUUUAUGUGUUUUUGUUUUGGUGGAUAUCCUCUUCGUAUAAUUUUUAUGAUAGGUAGAUUAUCAGAUAUGCUGCAUCACAAACACUUGUUAGGAUCCAGUGGAUUUCUUGGUUUAGCAAUGUUCUACAUUUAGUACGGCGCUGUCAUAUUUUCUCUGUCACUUGUUCUUUUCUAUUUCAAUAUAUAAUGGAUACUUGAAGAAAUAUUUUAAAAGUCUCUCUAGUUAAACCUAGCAUUAUAAUUCAAUUGCAAUUUUGUGCAACUGGUAUAUCAUCCUGAUAUUCAUCUUUCUUAUGUAGAAAAAGUAUAUUUGAUUCAAAGCAUCUCUUCUUGUGGCAUAUGAAAUCCUGUUUUAAACACCAAAUGAUUUAGCUAUAAAACAGUAACCAUUUUAUGGUAUCCAUUUUCUGAUACAAUUUGGAUUUGCUGUGUCAUGGAAGCUGACAUUGAUGAGGAACUUGCAGUUAUUUUUACCUUAAAUUUUUGUCUUCUUCAUAGUGUGUUGAGAAUUAAGAAAGUAAACAUUUCUAUUAAUACAAAAAAUGUGACUUCAUCAUGUUGAUAUUCAAUUUAUUAAAAUCUAAAACCUUGUCUCAAUUCCCAAAAGCAUAUGGUUGGCUAUACAGAUCUUUUCCGUCUCUGUACCUGGGCUGCAAAAUUUAUUUAAAUUAUUAGCUGCCAUGUCUUCCCUGACAACCUCAGCAAAUUCUCUUUUUGGCCUUGUUCUUCUAAUUCCUUUAACUUGGAACAUAUGCCUCCUUACAGACAUAGUUUUUAUCUUUUAGUCAUGGAUUGAAUGAUUUCGGUGAGAUAUCUAUUCCUUUUUUUUCCUGAAUUUGUAUCAUUUUACUCAAAUUGGCCCUCAUAUGGAGUUGCUUUGAUUGAUGUUUGUAUCAUCUCCUGCUAUUCAUGUAUCCCAACAUUCAAGAAGCACAUGCUUUUUUCAGGACAGACUGCUAUUCAUUAUCUGUUUUUUCUGUUGAGGGUCGGGCAUAUGAGGUAAUUUGCUCUUUUUCUUAUUGAAAUAAUGAUACCACUUGUAGCAAAAGUAUUAACUAAUGCUACUUUCUAGUUCCUUGUGGGAAGGAAAAAUACACGCGCACACACACACACACACUCUUUCUCUCUCUCUAAUGUCCUCAUUUAUUUAUUUCUAGUUAAAUUUUAAUUUCUUGCUGUUGAAGAAUGUUUAGAAAUUGAAUUGCUUGUGAUAUCUCCAUACUUGGUUUCCAGUUGAGAUAAUCUUGUUUGUGGUGUUAAGCAACGUUAUGUUCCAUUUCUAGUCUAUAUUUGAUGAGUAAGAGCCCUGAAUAUUCCACCGUAUUUUUAGUGGGGUUCCCAACCAUUUCAGAAAAGGUUUGUGUAGAUAUUUUUCAUAUGCCAUGUGGCAUCCACAAUAAGUUUCUUAAUUUAAUUGGGUAGGAAGAAUUUAUUUUAGAUGCUCUCACAUUGUUCUUGAGUGAAUUGAAGUAAUAUAGAUUGUGGUUAAUAAUGGAUCUAUAUUUUGAUGACAUGCUAAACCCUUGAAACUUGCAAUGGAUUAAUAUGUCUAGUUGGAUGAGAACAGGAUCUUCUUUCAGAUAAUAUGGCAUGAAUACUCAUUGAUUCUUGAGAGACUAGUGGAUAUAUUUAUACUUGUUAUGAUCUUUCCAGGGCUUUAUGUAUGUUUGGUUUACGGUAAUGAGUGGGUAUAUCCAAAUGGAACUAGUUGAUUGCUUAUGUUUCUUAUCCUUAUUUUUGUAUAUGGGUUCUUGUCUUUUCCAAAUCUGAAACUAGUUGCAAGAGCACUAUUUUUGUUAUUUUUAAAAGAUUUGUUCAGUGAGGAAGAAGACAAUUUGCUAAGUGAAGUUAUGAAUAAAAUAAGUGUGUAGAAUAGAUAAUAUGUAGUUGCAGAAGUGACUUGAAGAUAUGCUUAACUGCAAAAAUGGUGCCAUUUGUUUGCAUUAUUAUUUGAAGGUUCAUACAGAAUGUAAUUUGGCUUUUAUUCCUCUCUUUUUGUGGAACCUGGUUUUUUGCAUUUGCAGAAAUUCGUUUGAUGGGAACUCUUGAACAAGUCUUUGGAGUUUCACUAUGCUCUUAUGGUGAGCAAUGUCAAGCCUUUACCAAGCUCUCUUGGAUUGCACCCAAGACAAUCAGAUGGCCCAGUCUAUUGAUUCAGCCUUCUGCUUUUAGGUUGUUAAGGUUGCUGAUUUUGGUUUUGCUGGAUUACAAGCUCAAUCCGUGGAUUACAAGCUCCACAGGAUUAUUAAAAAAGGCCGCCCUUCCCACUAAUUCCUAAUAAUUAUCACAUCCAGACACCCUGUUAUUAUCCAAAAGUAAAAACGAAUUUGGGCUGGAAAAGCCGAGAGAAAUCAGGAGCUUAUUGGAAUUGACCUGUCUGGAAUCAUCUGCCGCCUUCUCCACAGUUUGUUAAUGGAGGUUUUGAUUGAUAAAACUGUCUCCCGCAUUUCUGUACGGUCUGGAUGCUUUGCUCAUAACGCCUUAAAUCGCAUAUUUUUUCGACACACUUUUUUCCCUCCACUAUCGUCCCUUUGUCCAGAGUUGGGAUGCUUUGCUAAUGGUGGUCUUCAUUCAUGGCCACCAUAUAAAAUCAUGAUUCCAGACAAGGUUUUUCAAUCCUUUAUUUUUGUGGAACCCGAUGCUUUGCAGAAAUUCCUUUUAAUGGGAACUAUUGAGGAAGUCUUUGAAGUUGCGUCGUGCUCUUCUGCUGAGCAAUGUCAAGCCUUUACCAGUCUCUCUUGGAUCGCACCCAAGACAAUCACAUGGCUCGGUCCAUUGAUUCUGGUAAUUGGGAAGGAGUUUCAGUCAAGAUUGAUGAUGGAAAUCUUCAUCUUCCACCAAAUGAAGUCUCGCUCAGAGCGAAGGCCUUGACUGAAGAACGAGAUGAACUAACCAAGAGUGGUCCAUCAAUGGGGCAUGAAAGCCGCCGGCGCCUUGAAGAUGUGUUGGUGUCUACUUCCAUUCUAUCUUCUUGGGGACACUCAAGGCGGGUGAGGGGUGCGACUCAGUCGAGGCUAAUGGACCCACCUUCAAGUUUAUUGAGGAAAAAUGAUGAUGAGGAGGAUGACAUGGAUGAAGAUAUGCUAGAAGAUUAUGCGCUAAACAAGUGCAGUGUGCUAACAAUGGCUGAAUGGGUGAGUCUUGUUUUAGUCGUAGCAGCUUUGUUUUGCAGUCGUUCAAUACCUGCCUUAAGGAAGCAAAUUCUGUGGGAUCUUGCGCUGUGGAAAUGGGAGGUUAUGGGCUUGGUGAUAAUAUGUGGGGGUUUGGUAUCAGAUUGGGGAGUUCGUCUUUCUGUGCACUUGAUGGAGCGAAAUUUUCUUUUGAGAAAAAGGGUUUUGUAUUUUGUUUAUGGGUUGAGGAGGGUUGUUCGGAAUUGUCUAUGGUUGGUUCUGGUUUUGAUCGUUUGGGAAUGUAUUUUUUACCAGAAGGUUGAGAUGGAAACCCACAGUAAGGCCUUGCCUUAUGUAACCAAGGUUCUUGUAUGCCUUCUGGUGUCUACCUUGAUAUGGCUUAUUAAGAUCAUACUUGUUAAGGCUCUUGCUUCAUCCUUCCACAUGAACACUUUCUUUGAUGAAAUUCAGGAGUUGUUGGUUAAACAAUAUGUGAUUAAUAAGCUCUUGAAAGCUAAGGAUGAGAAGCCUGGCAACUUCGGAGCUGACAUCUUGGGGACAAAGAGUGGGGGUCCUGGUUCUAAGAAGGAUAGUGAGAUAUCAAUUGACCACCUAGAUAAGCUGAGUCGGAGGAAUGUGUCUGCUUGGAAUAUGAAGAUUUUGAUGGAUAAGGUUCAUUAUAGGGGACUGUCCACUCUGGAUGAGCUGAUAUUGCAUUUAGGAAUUGGGAAUGAAUGUCCGUUGGAGGAGAAGAAUGGGUGCCGGGCCACAAAGGCAGCGGAGAAAAUUCUUAAGGAUAUUGCUGCAUCGGAUCCCCAAUACAUCUACCUGGGUGAUUUGGUGCGCUUUAUGAGUGAAUCUGAUGCUAAGAAAACAAUGGAAUGCAUUGGAGGAAAAGCUGAAUGUGAUAAAAUCAGCAAGGCAACUCUUAAGAAUUGGGUGGUUAGUGCAAUUAAGGAAGGGAGGAAACUCGCAUCAUCUCUCAAUGAUACAAAAACAGCUGUAGAUGAGCUCCACCGAAUGUUGGAUGUGUUUGUAGCUGUCCUCGUUGCAAUAAUCUGCCUUCUUAUUCUCGGAGUUCCAAUCACCCAUUUCCUUCUCUUCAUAAGUUCUCAACUUCUGCUGGUGGUGUUUGUUUUUGGGAACACAUGCAAGACAACAUUUGAAGCAAUCAUCUUCUUAUUUGUGAUGCACCCAUAUGAUGUGGGUGAUCGUUGUGAAAUAGAUGGAAACCAGGUGGUAGUUGAGGAGAUGAACAUAUUAACCACCGUGUUUCUAAGGAGUGAUAACCAAAUGGUCAUAUACCCCAACUCUGUUCUUGCUACCAAGCCCAUCUGUAAUUACAAACGUAGUAUGGAUAUAGUGGAGGCCAUUGCUUUCUGUAUCCACAUCUCUACUCCAGUAAAAAAGAUUGCCACAUUCAAAGAGAAAAUAAAACGGUAUGUAGAAAGGAAGAGCGAUCACUGGUAUCCAGAUCCAAUGAUAAUCAUCAAGGACGUGGAGGAACUGAACAAACUUAAAAUGGCAGUGUAUCUUACACACACAAUGAACGGCCAGAAUUCAGUGGAGAUAUUUACUAGGAGAAGCCUUUUGGUUGAGGAGAUGAUCAAAGUGUUCAGGGAGCUCGAAAUUGAAUACCGCAUGCUGCCUCUUGAUGUGAAUAUCAGAACCAUGCCAGGUUUAGUUUCACUGGCCGCCUCCUAAUUGAAUUUACUUGUCAUGCAUGAGGAAAUAGUGAAUACACUACUUUCCAACCAAAACCCUUCAGGAUUCUCUAUGCCGUAGUAAUGCCCAUAGCUUAUAUGAGUUAAGGGCAGUGGAAUAAGUGUGGGAUGCUGUGCUUUUUUUGAGUAAUGCUCCAGGAUGGAGAUAAGAUAUUCUCUAUAAUGUCCAAGGGCAGAAACUAUUCUCCUAAGCUUAUGUUAAUUGUUUGUAUUAAGAGUUUGCAAUAUACAUAUAUGGAAUAUUAAUGAAGUGUUUUUCUUGAA